CUCUAUGUACACAGGCAUCUAUCUGACUAAAUAGUUUUAGUUUGUACCUAAAUCAUAACCUUACCUCAGUACAGGCUAAAUAUUUAGGAAAUCAUUUUCGUAUCUAUAUUUUUCGUUAUGAGUUCUAGUGAGGAAGAAGUUUUUGUUACAAAAUGCGUGAAACGCAAACGUCGAAGAAUGUGUAGCAAAGAUGAAAUUGGGAAAUCAGUCAAUCUUUAUUCACAUAGAGUAGCACCAACACUUUAUAAAAGCAAACAAACUGCAUUGCAAAUAUUUCAAGAAGAACAAAAGGCAUCCCAUCCGACAGAGCACAUAACUCCCACCACUGUUAGUGAUGAUAGCAGUGAUUUAUCUGAUGAUGAUGUAAUUGCCAUUGAAAGAUCUCCUGAGAAAGCUAUUGAACCCCGUUGUCUCACCCCUCCCCCUGUUCAACAGACGCCAGAAAUAAAUGGAAGGAAAGGAAACAAAAUGCAGAAGAAGGGACUAAAACUUCUCGAGAAUGUCAAAUCCAUGCUCCAUGAAGCAAGACAUGCCCAGUUGGACUUGGAUUCAUCAAUUGAUAACAACAACAGUAUUGUUGAAUAUGAUGAUACCAAUUCAUAUAUAGUAGUGAGGAUCAGAUUGCAUGACGUUAUCCAUAAGUAUCCUGUUAAUCGAGUAAGUUUUUAA